GACAUAUAUCCGCUGUUUACGUCUCUAUUUCGCUUAUGCAGUUUGGAAUUUGGAUUUUCAUUCUCUCUUUCUUAUUUUUCUCAUCUGUUCUUUUACCUUCUUUUGUACUAAAAACCACGACCAGAGAGAGAGAGAGAGAGAGGGAGAAGAGCGCCACCGAUCCACUUCCUGGACUGUGAGAAGCGGCGGCGUAUUGGCGGAGAGAGAUCGCUCCGGCUACUGAUGGAAGUUUUCCGAAGUUGUCUCUCUCUCGUUUGUUUGAAAGUGGGAGCACCGGCUGGCACUCAUUAGGGACUGUAACCUUUUUGAUCAAAAGUCUGAAAGGAAUUUUUUGGAGUUCUUGAUUUUAGAAGGUGAAGGAAAUGGCUGGAUCGGAUGAGAACAACCCUGGAGUGAUCGGACGGGAAAAUCUCCAUGGGAAUUUACGAAUUGGUGGCGGUGGCGGUGGCAAAUUCGUGGUGGGGAUGGGUCAAAACCGCAGAGCUUUGAGCAGCAUUAAUGGAAAUGUUGCAGCAGCACCUCCUGCCCCUCAUCCCUGUGCCGUCCUGAAAAGAGGCUUAACAGAAACUGAAGUUUUCCUCAACAAUAAAGACCCUCCGAUUCCAAUUCAUCGACCCAUCACUCGGAAGUUUGCAGCUCAGCUGGCCAAUAAGCACCAACCACCUGUGCCUGAGAUAGAUAAAAAACCACUGCAAUCUGCUGUAACUCGAAAGGAGUCUUCAGAUCACCACACCACCAUAGAGGAAGAUGAUUCCAUGGGUGAAUCAGCAGUUCCAAUGUUUGUUCAACACACAGAAGCAAUGUUGGACGAAAUUGACAGAAUGGAGGAGGUGGAAAUGGAAGAUAUAGAAGAAGAACCAGUCAUUGACAUAGACAGCCGCGAUAAAAGUGAUCAACUAGCUGUUGUGGAGUACAUUGAUGACUUGUAUGCUUACUAUAGGAAAUCCGAGGUUUCUGGCUGUGUCUCACCAAACUACAUGGCUCAGCAAGCAGAUAUCAACGAGAGGAUGAGAGGGAUUCUCAUUGACUGGCUAAUUGAGGUACACUACAAAUUUGAGCUGAUGGAGGAGACAUUGUACUUAACAGUCAACCUGAUCGACAGAUUCUUGGCGGUUCACUCAGUUGUGAGAAAGAAACUCCAGCUUGUUGGAGUGACAGCCAUGCUUAUUGCCUGCAAGUAUGAAGAGGUUUCUGUUCCUGUUGUGGAUGAUCUUAUUCUCAUAUCUGACAAGGCCUACAGCCGGAAAGAAGUUCUUGACAUGGAGAAGUUGAUGAUCAAUACUUUACAGUUCAAUCUGUCUGUUCCAACUCCUUAUGUCUUCAUGAGGAGGUUUCUCAAAGCUGCACAAUCUGAUAGAGAGCUGGACCUCCUCUCCUUCUUCAUGGUGGAGCUCUGUCUAGUAGAAUAUGAAAUGCUGAAGUAUAGACCUUCAUUAAUGGCUGCUGCUGCAGUCUUCACUGCUCAAUGCACAUUGAAUGGCUUCAAAGAAUGGAGCAAAACCAGUGAGUGGCACACUGGGUAUUCACAAGAACAACUUCUGGAAUGUUCAAAGCUGAUGGUGGGGUUUCAUAAGAAAGCAGGGACGGGGAAAUUGACAGGAGUUCACAGGAAGUAUUGCACAUCAAAGUUUGGAUAUGCUGCUAGAAGUGAGCCAGCAAGCUUUCUAUUGGAAGAAAGGUUGUGAUAUCUUUUGAUUUUGUGAAUAUAUGAAUGAAAGGAACAAGAAAAAAAAAUCUUUUUUUUUUUUAGUGUGUCAAGAAUAAUUGAGUUUUUCUUUUUUAUAAUUGGGCUGCUAACCUUU